AUGAACCGUCAAGACAAUCAUCAUGAUCUCAAUGCGGUGAGCAACCGUCUCGCUGCUCAGACCGACCAUUUGCAGGGCCGCCUGCAGCAGCAGCUCAACCUCAGUGGUGUUGGCCAAGCUCGCAACAUGUUCGCUUCUCGACCCGCUGGUCUAGCAAGUCUUGGUGAAGAUGCCGAAAGCACCUCCGACGCCGCUCAUUCGUUUCAGCCUCAGUCCACUUUCCCUCGUCAGGGUGGCCCUCGUUUUGCAGACAACGCAGCUUUCCAAAGCGCCAUGGCUCGCCACUCCAACCAGCCCGGCAAUGCAAACAAUGCAUCUUCGGCUGACUUCCGCGCCAACUUGUCGCAUCAGCGUCAGUUGAGCCUUCAGAGUCGAUUUGCCGAUCUUGGCUACAAUGUUGGUUCCGGUCUCGGAAACACUCCCAGUGAGGCCGAUGACAUGACCGACGAUGGUGCCAGCUCCGUCGGUUACGGUGCAUCGGCCUUCGAUCCCACCCGAGGUCAGCGAGGACACGCUUCCGAUUUCAGCUUCGGCUCUGCCGGCAACGGCUCUCAUCGACGCACUGGCAGCGAAAUGAGUGGCUUGCUCUCCAACAGGGAUGGUCAUCCACCUGCAGCUAGUGUUGAUGGUAAUGCCAACUCGCUCUCGGCCCAGAGUCAGAUGCUGGCAGAGCAGCAGCUCGCACUGCAGCAGCAGAUCGAGAUGCUCCAGCUCCAACAGCAGCAACUCAUGCAGACCGGUACCGGCAGCGCUGGUAGCCCUCUCAACGGCGCCCACCACGGCUUCGGUGGGCAUCGCAGAAUUCAGAGCCACGCUCCUCGCUCCGGUCCUAUGGGUAGCUUCUCGACCGGCACCUCCUUCAACGGCGGUCUCAACAACUUUGCUACUCCUGCCCAGCCUGCUCCCCAGCCUUCCAAUCUUCCUCGAGGCCACGGUCGCCGUCAUUCGGUCAAUGUGGUCAACAAAGCCAACCAGCAACAGCAGCAACAGCAGCAACAGCAACUUCAGCAGCACCGCCAUUCGGAUGCGCACCAAACCCUUCAGCAGCAACGCGAGUCUCCCAAUUCAGACGCCAUGCAAUCUUCCGGUCCUGUCAUGCAGUCCAACCCUGACUUCUCUUUCCCGAGCACUGCCAGCGCCCUGCGCACUGCACAGGCUGCCUAUCAGCCCUCACAACCUACUGUCGGUCAUUACAGUCGCCCCUCUGCUCAGCUAACCGACCUCUCUCCGGACUACCUUAUGGCUGGAGGUGGUCUUGUCAGCUUGAACUCUCUUGGCAUGGGUGGUUCCAUGAACGAUCUCGCCGAUGGUUUCGGCGGUCAUCGUAGUGGUCACGGUCGUGGCAACAGUAUCCAGUGGCGAAUGAACGGCGGCGCACAGGCUGCUCCUCAGCCCGUCGACCUUGCACAGGCUCAGGCUCAUCUGGCCAUGCUCCACCAGUUCCGUGAGUCAGCUGCCAUGACUGGUCACUACCGUGCACCCUCCAUCGGUGGCGCCUUCAAUGCCAUGGGUGGCUUUGGCGGCAAUCAGUUUGGUGGCGGCAUGGGCGGACCCGGUAGCGGACCUGGGGCUGUUCAGCGCAAGGCUCUCUUUGGCAACUACCUUCCUCAAGGCACCCUCCCUACACUACUUGCUCACGGCAAGAUUGUCGUCGGCGUGCUUCGCAUCAACAAGCGCAACAGGAGUGACGCCUACGUCACUACCGAGGUGCUUGACAGCGAUAUCUUCAUCAGCGGUUCCAAGGACCGCAACCGUGCUCUUGAAGGUGAUCUUGUCGCCGUCGAGCUGCUUGACCCUCUCGAGGUCUGGAAUAUCAAAAAGGAGAAGGAGGAUAAGAAGAAGCGCAAGGAAGAGCAGAGCGGCCAGUCGUCUCGCAAGCCCGACAAGGCCAAGGAUGACCUUGAGGUGGAAGGCGCUCAGCUUCGACUCAUCGAAGACGAGGAAGAGACUGAGCAGAACCCACCUCAGCUUGCUGGUCACGUUGUCGCCAUUGUUGAGCGCUCGCCUGGUCAGCUAUUCUCGGGUACCUUGGCGAUGCUUCGCCCUUCCUCUGCUGCUACCAAGGAGAAGCAGCAAGCCGAGCGCGUCCAGCGCGAUGGCCCUGGCGCCCUUGCACCUGAAGUCAAGCCUCGUCCCAAGAUCAUCUGGUUCCGUCCCACCGACAAGCGUGUGCCGCUCAUCGCCAUCCCUGCUGACCAGGCUCCUGAGGACUUCUGGGCCGAGGAAGGCCAAGAAAGCUUCAACAGUCGUCUCUUUGUUGCUUGCAUCAAGCGAUGGCCAAUCACUUCGCUCCACCCCUUCGGUGCUCUCGUCGAAGAGAUCGGUGUCAUCGGCAACGUCGAAGCCGAGACUCAAGCUCUUCUCAAGGACACCCUCAGCUCGGCCACUGAAGUUUUCUCCGAGGGCGCUCUCAAGUGCCUGCCCCCUAUGCCGUGGAAAAUUCCCGAGAGGGAGUACGAGACUCGCAGAGAUUUCCGUUCGCUCCGCGUCUUCACCAUUGAUCCUGAGACGGCCAAAGACCUCGAUGAUGCCGUUCACGUUGUCCGUCUCGGUAACGGUCAGUAUGAAGUCGGUGUUCACAUUACCGAUGUUUCCCACUUUGUCAAGCUGGGCUCUAGUCUCGAUCGCGAGGCUCGCAAGCGCGGUACUUCAGUCUAUCUCGUUCAGCGCGUCAUUCCCAUGCUUCCUCCCACCCUCAGCGAAGAGCUCUGCUCGUUGGUGCCUGGCGUAGAGCGACUCACCUUCUCCGCGGUGUUCACCAUGAACAAGGACGCUCAGGUGAUCAAGAGCUGGUUCGGCAAGUCGGUCAUCAGGUCGUGCGCCCAGCUCGCCUAUGCCGAUGCACAGAAGGUCAUCGAGGGCGGUGAGCUACCCAAGGACAAGAUCAAGGAGCACAAGUCCAACGAGAUCGCCGAUGACAUUCUCAUUCUGCACAAGCUCGCUCAGAAGAUGCGCGCUCGUCGCUUCGAAACUGGUGCUCUUCGUAUCGACAACGUCAAGCUUAGCUUUAGGUUGGACGAGAACGGACUGCCCACCGACGCCAGCAUUUAUUCUAGCUAUGACGCUCACAGGCUCAUCGAAGAGUUCAUGCUUCAGGCCAACAUGGCUGUUGCUCAGCAGAUUGCUGCUGGUCUUCCUGAUCUUGCGCUGCUUCGUCGUCAUGAGAAACCGCUUGACCGUCGUCUUGAGGGCUUCUUGAGCCGAGCCAAGUCGAUGGGCUACGAGAUCGACAUUUCUUCUGGUGGUGCUCUCCAUCGCAGCUUGAGGGAGAUCAAAGAUGACAACGCUCGACAGGCGCUGCAAGCCCUUGUGACCAAUGCCAUGAUGAAGGCCAAGUACUUCUGCACUGGUAUGGUCGACAUUGCCAAAUACCACCACUACGCACUCAACGUUCCUCUCUACACUCACUUCACCUCUCCCUCCCGUCGAUACGCCGACUUGAUGGUUCACCGUCAGCUCGAAGCUGUGCUUGCCGACCAAGACAAGUUCCCCUUCGAUCGCGAGACCAUGGCCAAGAUCGCUCAGCAGUGCAACGUCAAGAAGGACGCCGCCAAGCUCGCCCAGGAGCAGAGCGCUCAUCUCUUCCUUUGCUUGCUCAUUCACGAUCUUACCCUGCGCUACGGUCCUGUUGUUCGUCCGGCCACCGUUAUGGGUGUGCUCGACGCUGCUUUCGACGUGAUCGUCCCCGAGUUCGGUAUCGAGAAGCGUGUUCACGUCGACCAAAUGCCGAUCGAGAACCACAUCUACGACGAUUCGCAGCACGCACUCAACAUCUACUGGAAGGACAACGUCGAUGUUAUUGCUUGGCUUGCUGAGACGUCGGAUGACGUUCACGUCAAGAAGCUGCAAGAGGUAGCUCAACAGCAUGCUAUGAUGGAGUUGACUUCUCAAUCUCAAACCGACGAAGCAGCUCUCUUCGAUGAUGAAGAUGGAGAAGAGACCAGUACAGCUGAGUUGAUUCGACAGCACAAUGUUGAGGCAGCAAAGGAAAGCCAGCAGAGAGCAAAGAGUUUGCAGAAGUCAGCGUUGAAGUUUGACGGUGUAGAUGAAAGUGGUAGGGGAGAGAGAAGGCAGAAGAUUAAAGAGUUGAUGCAGGUUCCGGUGAUUGUUACUAGUGAUAUAAGCAAGUCUCCUCCUGUGUUGAAGGUCUUUUCGGUCAAUCCCUUUGCUCAGGGGAGUCAUGGUAACAGUUAG